CAAGGAGGUAAAUGUGUGACUAGCUUGCAAAAUGGCAACUGGGAAGAACACACUGCUCCUGUCCUUGAUUCUCACUGCUGGGCUGACAGCUCUUGUAGCUGCUGAGCAACCAGAAGUGGUGACCAAAUAUGGGAGAGUCCGAGGGAACCAAAUCAGAGUAAAUGCAGCUGAAAGGAGUGUCAAUGUCUUUCUGGGACUUCCCUUUGCUAAGCCUCCUGUUGGACCAUUGAGGUUUUCUGAACCCAAGCCACCUGAGCCAUGGAAAGGUGUCAGAGAUGCCACUUUGUACCCACCAAUGUGUCUACAGGAUAAAGUACAAGGACAGGGUUUUUCAGACUUUAUUACUAAUAGAAAAGAAAAGGUUCCUCUCCAAGUGUCUGAAGACUGCUUAUAUCUAAAUGUGUAUACACCCUCUUCUGCAGAACAAGAGGAGAAGCUACCUGUCUUUGUAUGGAUCCAUGGAGGUGCAUUUGUUUUUGGAGCAGCUUCAUCAUAUGAUGGUUCAGUAUUAGCGGCCUUUGACAAUGUGGUGGUUGUAACAAUUCAGUACAGACUAGGUAUUCUUGGAUAUUUUAGCACUGGUGAUGAGCAUGCUCAGGGUAACUGGGGUUAUUUGGAUCAAGUAGCAGCUCUUCGGUGGAUUCAGGAAAAUAUCAUAAAUUUUGGAGGAGAUCCAGGAUCUGUUACUAUCGCUGGAGAAUCUGCAGGAGGAAUCAGUGUUUCUGCCCUUGUCAUAUCUCCUCUGGCGAAGGGCUUGUUCCAUAAGGCCAUCUCAGAGAGUGGUACUGCAGUCAGGGUUUUGUUCACUGAUCAUCCUGAGGAGCAAGCACAAAGAAUUGCUAAGAUAUCUGGCUGUCAAAGAUCCAGUUCAGCUGCAGUGGUUCAGUGCUUAAAAGAUAAAACAGAAGAAGAGAUGGAACAAAUAACUCUAAAAAUGAAUUUUACAACAAUGCAGUUAUGCCGUACCUCAUUUGAAAAAUGUGAACAGAAUCUCCAGUUCAUCAGUGCAUCUGUGGAUGGUGUAUUUUUUCCUAAGAGUCCCAGGCAAUUACUAUCUGAAAAAGCAAUCAAUGCAGUCCCAUACAUAAUAGGAAUAAAUAACUGUGAAUUUGGAUGGAUAAUUCCUAGAAUAAUGAAAUUUCCUGAUUACACAGAAGGUCUGGACAAAGAUGUUGCACGUCAAAUUUUGCAGAGCGCAUUACUAUUUUUUUCAAUAGAUGCUAAUGAUGUUGUUGAUCUAGUAUACAAGGAAUACAUAGGGAAUACGGAGAACCGUGCUCAGGUGCGAGAUGGGCUUCUUGAUGCAUUAGGAGACUCUUGGUUUGCUUUUUCAGCCAUUGAAGUAGCUAGAUACCAUAGAGAUGCUGGCAACCCAGUCUACUUUUAUGAAUUUCAGCAUCGACCAAGUUCAGCAAUAGGUGGUAUACCAGAGUUUGUAAAAGCAGACCAUACAGAUGAGAUUGCCUUUGUCUUCGGAAAGCCAUUUUUAGCCGGAAAUGCUACAGAAGAAGAAAAUAAACUAAGCCGAACGGUUAUGAGAUACUGGACUAACUUUGCUAGAAAUGGAAAUCCCAAUGGAGAAGGCUUGGUGCAUUGGCCUCCAUAUGAUCUGCAAGAAGGAUACCUGGAAAUAGACCUAAUGCAAAAGGCAGCAAAGAAAUUGAAAGAAAGCAAAAUGGAGUUUUGGGCACAGAUCAUAAACCAAGACAAAACAAAAAGAAGGAUAGAACACACAGAUUUUUAAGACUAGCAGAGGAUGUGAUUUGCUUCUAAAACCUGAAGUAAAGCCAAACCAAAUUAGUUUGUCAGAAUGCAGAAUUUAAUAAUCAGUUUCUAACUCAAUAUUACGUGAUUUGUUGUCAUGAUCACACUGACAGGAGAGAAUCAAGGGAAAUUUGGAAUGUUCAUGGGACUGAAAAUCAGUAUUUAAUGAAGGAAGUGGGGGGAAAAAAGACAACCUUUCAGACUCGAGCAGACCAUGGUAUCUACCCAGUGCAUAUCAAAACUGAAUAAUUCUCCUGAGAGAAAGGGGAAUAAGAAGAAAAUUGGCAAAUACAUUGAAAUCCGUAAGAAAUUAUCUGUCCAGAAUAUGUCAUAAAAGUUAGAAUAUGUCAUAUAUUCAUUUCCCUCUUAUUUCAGAACAGAGUCCUCAGUUGUCAGUCCUACAACCACUUCCACUUUCUGUACUGGAAAUAGCUUGUAGUGAGCAGGGCAAUCUUCAGCCUUAUGAUAAAAAUAUCUGUAAGACAGCCUCAACAUCUCACAAAUUAGGACAGAAAUUCUACCUGUUUUCUUGCUUUAUAAAAUGUUACAAAUAAAUGUUACUCUUCUUUUU